GGAACAAGCGAGAAGCUCUGAUUAUAAUAGCGAGUCCGUUUAUUACUUCUCUCGUCUUCUUCGUCCAAUUAAAUUCUCUCCGAUCAGAAGUCGAUCGAGGUUACGUAGCAAGGAAGAAUUGAAACUGCAGCCAUGGCGCUUAACCCACAGUUGAUGCCCAAUGGGAUGCCUGUUCCUUUUGUUAAUGAAAUGUUUGUUCUUGUCAGAGAUGGUGUUGAGUUUGAAGUCGACAAGAUUCCUGGGGGACAUGGAGGUCAUGUUAAGGCCAAGGGAGUGAUAUACUUGUCUAACAUUCGGAUGGUCUUUGUGGCAAGCAAGCCUGUUGAGAACUUUGUUGCUUUUGACAUGCCUAUGCUUUACAUCCACGCGGAGAAAUUCAACCAGCCAAUAUUCCACUGCAACAAUAUAUCUGGACAAGUUGAGCCUGUGGUACCAGAGAACGAGCAUAGAGCACUGUAUUCAACACACAGUUUCAAGAUCCUAUUUAAGGAAGGUGGUUGCGGAACAUUUGUCCCUCUCUUCUUGAAUCUAAUAUCAUCAGUGAGGCAGUACAAUAGACAAAUGCAACAAGCUGCAGAGACAGCAGCGGCAGCACCACGUGUUGAUCCCCUUCAAGCCUCACAGACCCCUGUUGAUGAAAUGAUGAGACAUGCGUACGUGGACCCUAACGAUCCAACGAAGAUAUAUCUGCAGCAGCCAUCAGGGGAAUCUCAGUUGAGGCGGCGAGCUUACCAUUCGAGUGCAGCGGAGCAUUGAUGAUUGAUGUCUUUAAAACCGAAGAUACAAAGAGGGUGGUGGGAUACAUAUAGGCAGCAACACAUUAGUGCUGUUGCUAAUAAGUAAAAGAGAGUUGUUGGUUUGUCUCAAACAUAACUAAAACUAAAACCACUUUGUGUAAUGAAAAAGAAAAGACUCUGUAUCCGUGAAAAUUUGGAUUCUCUAUAAUUAAAAGUUAAGUUUGUUCAUCUGAGAAAAUUGAAUACUCUUAACUAAAAGUUAAGUCUUC